AUGCGAUCAUUAACGAUCGCUAUCCCACUACAAAUCCUAUUUACUAUCCUUUUAUUGCUUUCUGUCCAAACAUCCACUUCAGCUUUCACACUGCCUUUCCCUUCUCUUUCCUCAUGGUCUCCUCCCUCAAACAGCUUCGCUAUCUCCCCUAGAGGUCGAGACGGAUCAAGUACGAAUCCUCAAGGAUACAUAUCGUCUUCAAAGAGAUUGGCAGCACCGAAACGAUUUGGGUAUUUCUCAUUUUCGAGACAUCCUAAUUCCCUACCCGACUGGAUUCCCCUCCAAGGUGUUGAAGGUGUUCUGGUACAUCGGGGUAUAGCUUCUUCGAGUGAAGAUAGAGGUCUACCGCCUGAGUCAUCUUCUCAUAAGUCAUCACUCCGAUACAAUGCUGAUUCAGAGGAAAUGCUCGACCACGAAGAAGAACUGGUAGAAAGAGAUGAAGUCAAUGCCAAUAACGAUAAUAAUGCCGAUGAAGAUGAAACGAUAUACGAUUAUGAAGAAUGUGAUAAGCGAGAAGCAUAUGAUGAUCCUACACCGAUAGCUCAAUUAGGUUCAAUACCUGAGCAACAGAUUCAGCAAGCUCGACUAUCGACGAUGAAUGACACCUCUUCAUACAUCUCCGCCCCGUCAAGUAACCUGAGUUCGACGACGAUAGGAGAUAGGACACACAGUGAUAAGAUAUUAUGGAGUGGGAUUGAGUCUUUACAGCCUCUUGAGAAUGGUUUGUUCAUGAAAAGACAUCAUGAUAAAUCAGGAAACUCCGGAAGUGAUGGUUACAACGACAACGAGGAUGAUCAUCCUUCGAGAGGUGGAAGUGGCUAUGGAAAAUACAGUAAGGGUGGUCAUCUUGGAUAUGGUAAUCAAGAUGAGGGUACAGUUUCACAUGGGAAUGGAAAUGGAAAUGGAAAUGGAAAUGGGUGGAUUGAGAACCAUCUCUCUCAUUCAUCAGGAGGCGGAUACACGAAUGGAAAAGGUAGACCUAAUAAACAUGGGAAAGGGCACGAGAAUGGAAGUGCAGGUGGAAAUGAUAGAGGUUUAAAUGGAUAUGAUCAAGAUUGGAAAUCACCUACAAACGAUCAUGGUAAUCAUGGAUAUGGUACCAGCUCCGAUUCAGCUGAUGAUGAUCAAUAUCAUGAUGGUGGUCAAUGGCGUCAUCAUCCUCCUUCAGAUGGUUUGAGAGGUAGUGGCAGUGAUGAAAAUGAUGGUAAUGGAAAAUACGAUGACAAUGAUGAUGAUAGUUAUACUUCGAGAGGAAAAGGUGGAGCUAAAUGGGGACAACAUCGACCUUCUUCAGAUAAUGACGGAUACGCAUCAUCAUAUUCCUCUUCAACGAAUAACGACAAAAACAAGUACGACGAAGAUGAAGAUAAAGAUGAAAAUGACAGCAGCGGAUACACGACACAAUCAUUAUCAUCAUCAUCGAACGGUGAAAACGGUGAAAACGGAAGAGGGAGUUAUGGUGGAGGUGGAGCACAUAGAUUAGCUCAAACGGCAUAUGGUCGACCAUCCAAAUCGGACUGUGCAAGAUUAAUGCAGUUCUAUAGGGGGACUUCGCAAUCCUCUUCUUCAACAACCACAAACAGUGGAUGGAUAAAUUCAAAUGGAUGGGAUGAUGAUGAAGAUCAUGAUUGUUGUAAUUGGUUUGGAGUGACUUGUGAUCAAUCUUCAAGAAGAGUCACCUCUAUAAAUCUUAGAAAUAAUGGAUUGACCGGUGGUUUUAGUAAUUACAUCUUUGCAUUAGAUGCUUUAUUGAAACUUGAUCUGUCUCAAAAUUCACUUAUGAAUCUCCCUGAUCGAUUUGGAUCUUUACCUCAUUUAACACAUCUGAACGUAUCUUCAUCGAGUAUAUCAAACCAUAUACCAUCUUCUAUACUAUUUUCAUCAUCAUUGAUCAAUCUCGAUAUAUCACAUAACAAUCUGACGGGAUAUCCAUCAUUCUCUUCAUCCACCAUGCGUUCUGUUCAACUAUCGAAUAAUCGAUUGGAUGGAUUCAGUAUCGAUUCUGAAAACAUGUCUGAAUUGAGUAAGAUCGAUAUUUCAAAUAACGGUUUGAAAGGUGAUAUACCUGAUUUAAGUAAAAUUGCUGGAUUGAACGUUUUUGACGCUUCGAAUAAUAAUACCGGUCCAUUAUUCGAUUUGACCAGUUUAACCAAUCUGACAAGGUUGGAUGUCCGUUUUAACCAAUUGACAGGAUCAUUCCCAACUCUCCCCUCUUCCCUCCAAUCUCUGUAUCUAUCCUCAAAUCUAUUCGAUGGUCCGAUCCCUUCAUUGCCCGCACCUGAUACAUUAACAAGUUGUUACAUUCUUCCUAAUUCAUUUUCGCCUUGUCCUACUCCACAAGAUUUGAGUGAUCCAGGAAGUAUAGCGAGUAAAUGUCAUUUAUCAUCCUGUAGUAAAGGCAAUAACGUAUUGCCGCAACAAACAACGCCAAAUCCCAUGGUCAAUUCAACAACAACCAAUAGUCAAGUAGGUACAAAAGGAAUUCCAGUACAUCCUUUACCAGGUGAAACACUGGAUAAUCCAUCAUCGCAAUCACAGCUUUCCCCAAUUAAUUCACCAGAUUCGACAAAUCCCAACGGCGUAUCGCAAUCCGGGAAACAGAUUGUUUCAGGAGAUGAAUGGCCAGGAGUGAAGUCUCAACCGUCAUCAACGAUAAAUCCUCAAUCUCAAAGAUUGGGCUCAACAAGGUUUAGUAAUUCUGCUUUAGACACAAUCUCUUCUCCUUCUCCACUCUUUACCUGCUUUAUUAUCUUUUUGAUUACCUCUUGCUUUCUUUUCGGUUUCCCAUAG